AUACCAAACAAUCACCAGGUACCGCCACAAGUUCACAGUAUUAUGUUAUAUGGCUUUCAUAGAUAUAGCACACUGUAUUACUGCACUAUCUACUCUAUUUUGCUGCUUUUAUGUUUCUCAGAAGCUCGCUCCGUAUUUGGAAAGGAGAAGUGUGGUGGUUCUGAUAUUUGUAUUGUGGAUGAAUCUGGCAUAUCAGAUUUUAGUAGUCAACAAACUGAAAUAGACCUUCAGUAAAAAUAGAUAUAAGUGGUAUGUUUGGCAAUUAUGGAUAUAACUCUAAUGUUAGAGAUAUGGAGCCAAGAGCUUUGGAAAGGAGAUUAGGAUUAGAUGCUUGUUGUAAUGGAAUUUACGAUGAACCUCCAAGGAAAAGAGAGGUAGAUUAUGCUCCAAACCAAGAACCUCUGAAAAUACGUGAUGGUAGUGAUUACGCUUCUAUGUAUGAUGCUGUUAUGAAUGCUGCUGAACGAGCUGGGAUGCUGAGAGGGGAUCCCCCACCUUCUUGGUAUGAAAAUCCUUCCAAUUUAGGCAGUGUUGUUUUAGCUGGUACAGCAGUUUUUCCGUACCUGGUCCAGGGGUUGUCAUCCGGGAUAGAAUGAGCGAGAAGACGUGGUUCAUGUGACAAUGUUAAGUUUUAUGAUGCUGGUAACAAUAGUGGAACGAAGUUCGCUCUUAUUAAUGAAGGCACUUGUUCUAAUCAAGCAAUUGACCAUACGAUAUUUGAGGGUAUUGAAACUGUGACAGAGUUCCUUUUAGAUUCCGAGUGUAAAAGGUGUUUGGUCUGCGACAUUGAAAGUGGUUGCAGGGUCGGAUCAUAUGGAUCCAGGUAUCAUCAAUUGUGAGCAGACUACUAAGUACAAUUGUAAAUGGAAUGAAGAUGGUCCCCAACCAGGCUGUGCUAAGUGGAAUUAUCAUGAUGAGCUUUAGAAGGUUCACAGUCACAGUUAAAAACAACGACAGUUGUUUUUAUUCCCUAAUUAGUUUCGUUUCGUUCACUCUUUCAAUCAAUUUUUCAUUAGCAGUUCAUACUAUAUUGAGAUUAGAACUGAAAUAGUUAAAAUACAUAUACAUACUUAAAACUUUGUUAUAGAAAAAUUUAGAUAUAUU